AUGGAUGUGGCACCUGAAGAGCUUCCUGGACUUUAUUCUUGGGUUGAUGGGAUUCCGUUGUCAAGGCCGAAGAGAAACAUCGCUCGGGAUUUCAGCGACGGAGUAUUAGCGGCAGAAGUUGUAGCACAUUAUUGCCCACGGCUUGUGGAUAUUCACAACUACAGUGCUGCCAACAGUCUUGCUCAGAAGAUUUACAACUGGAACACUCUCAACAACAAGGUUUUUAGACGUUUAAACUUUUCCUUAACCAAGGAAGACGUCGAGGCAGUCGCAAAUGCUGAAAACCAAAUGAUAGAAAGAAUACUUAAGCUUUUGAAAUAUAAGAUUGCCAAGUACAGGCCGAUUAAAACAGAGUCAAUGAAGCACGAGCCUAACGGUCAUGUUGUACAGAGCCCGAAAAGGACAGAUUCUCCAGAGAGACAGGAAAGGGAUGGGAUGAAUGAAUCCCAAAAGGAUAUUCAACUCCGAGAGCUCCGGGAGACAAUCGAGGUAACUAAGAUUGUACAGUAA